AUGAGGCCUGAGAACCAGAGCAGCGCGUCUGAGUUCCUCCUCCUGGGGCUCCCCAUCCUGACAGAGCAGCAGGGCAUGUUCUUCACCCUGUUCCUGGGCAUAUAUCUGACCACAGUGCUGGGAAACCUGCUCAUCAUCUUGCUUAUCAGGCUGGACUCUCACCUCCAAACUCCCAUGUACUUUUUCCUCAGCCAUUUGGCUCUCACUGAUGUCUCCUUUUCAUCUGUCACUGUCCCCAAGAUGCUGGUGAACAUGCAGACUCAUUGCCAAUCUAUCACUCACACAGGGUGCAUUUUGCAGGUGUAUUUCUUUAUAAUAUUUGGUUGCCUUGAUAGCUUUCUUCUUGCAGUGAUGGCGUAUGACAGAUACGUGGCCAUCUGUCACUCUCUCCACUACAACAGCAUCAUGAGGGUAGAGCUAUGUGUUUUGUUGGUGAUUGGGUCCUGGGUCCUGUCCUGUGCCAUUGCCCUGUCUCAUACACUCUUACUAGUCCCAUUAUCCUUCUGUGCUAAUAGGACGAUUCCCCAUUUCUUAUGUGACCUUGCCGUCCUGCUCAAGCUCUCCUGCUCAGACACCUCCAUCAAUGAUCUUCUCAUCUUCGUUUUAGGGGGAAUGUCUGUCUUCUUGCCACUGAGUGGCAUCCUGUUCUCUUAUGUCCUUAUUGGGGUCUCUAUUCUGAGGAUCCCCUCUACCAAAAGGUUCUGCAAAACCUUGUCCACAUGUGGCUCCCACCUCUCUGUGGUGUUUAUAUUCUAUGGGACAAUUAUUGGACUAUAUUAUUUUCCAUCAUCUAGCAAUUCAAAGAACAACAUUAUUGCCUCCAUAAUGUACAUGGUCAUCACUCCCAUGCUAAAUCCCUUUAUCUAUAGCCUCAAGAACAAGGACAUGAAAGGGGCCCUGGCAAGACUUAUCAAGAGGGUAAACUCUUGUUAUAAGUGA